AUGUUUCGUGCUCGCACUGCUCUGGCUGCUCGUCUGGCCAUGCGAACGCGGGUCGUGAUGCCCGCCCGGAGCCUCUCCACGAAUGCUCUCGACCCGCUCGACACUUAUAAACGCCGUCACAAUGGUGUUUCCGACAAAAAGGACAUCGAUGCCAUGCUGAAAGUAGCCAAUUCCCCCUCCAUGGAUGAGUUUGUCAAGUCCGUGGUGCCUGAGGAUCUUCUUUUCCAGCGUCCUCUUGCCAUCGAGCCCGCCAAGGGGUUCUCCGAGACGGAGCUGCUGGCCCGCCUCAAAGAGAUUGCCUCUAAGAACAAGGUUCUCCGGUCUUUCAUUGGCCGCGGCUACUACAAUACAUUGCUACCUCUAGUUAUCCAGCGCAACUUGCUGGAAAACCCUCAAUGGUACACCUCUUACACGCCUUACCAGCCUGAAAUUUCUCAGGGCCGUUUGGAGUCUCUCAUCAAUUAUCAAACUUUGGUUACUGAAUUGACUGGUAUGGACGUUGCUAACGCCUCUCUUCUCGACGAGGCCACAGCUGCUGCCGAGGCUAUGAUUAUGAGCUUCGUGGGGCUCAACCGUAAAAAGCCCAUUUACUACGUUGACGAAUCCGUGUACCCUCAGACCCGUGCGGUUCUCGAGACCCGUGCUUCUGGCCUGGGUAUCCAGGUCAAGUAUGGUUUGCCCGAGGAUAACAACUUUGAGGGUUCUUGCGGUGCCCUGAUUCAGUACCCUGCUGCUAAUGGUUCCAUUGGUGAGUGGAAGGCUACUGCUGAUGCUAUUCAUGCCGCAGGCGGUACUUUCACUGUCGCUGCAGACCUUAUGGCCUUGACAAUUAUCGAGCCUCCUUCUACGUUUGGUGCCGAUAUUGUUGUUGGAACUACUCAGCGCUUCGGUGUUCCUAUGGGCUAUGGUGGUCCACACGCAGCCUACUUUGCCGUUAAGGACAGCGUUAAGCGUAAGUUGCCCGGUCGUAUUGUGGGCAAGUCGAAGGAUCGUCUGGGCAACGUUGCCUAUCGUCUUGCUUUACAGACUCGUGAGCAGCACAUCCGUCGCGAAAAGGCUACCUCCAACAUUUGCACCGCCCAGGCACUUUUGGCCAAUAUUUCUGCCUUCUAUGCUGUGUACCACGGUCCCGAGGGCUUGAGAAAGAUCGCUGAGCGUAUCAACUCUUUGACUACCGCGCUUGCCCAGGUCAUCUCCGAGAAAUAUGAGGUUCUGAACAAGUCCUGGUUUGACACUCUUACUGUUUCUGUUCCUAGCGCUGAUGCUAUCAUGACUGACGCUCUUUCCAAGGGUAUCAACUUGUACAAGAUCGAUGACAAGACUGUUUCUGUUUCUCUCGAUGAGUCUGUCACCACCGAGGACUUUGCUGCUCUUUGCGAGCUCUUUGGCGGUAAGGCACCCGAGGCCGUCGACUAUGCCGUCAGUGUGCCAUGCCCCCGAACCUCCAAGUACUUGCAGCAGCCUGUUUUCAACAAGUACCAUUCUGAGACCGAGCUUCUUCGUUACAUGACCCAGCUGCAAUCUAAGGAUCUUUCGCUGGCUAAUUCUAUGAUUCCUUUGGGAUCGUGCACCAUGAAGCUGAAUGCCACUGUCCAAAUGGUUCCUAUUACCUGGCCCGAGUUUGGAAAUUUGCAUCCUUUUGCUCCUCUGGAUCAAACCAAGGGCUACCAAGAGCUCAUUACGGAGCUGGAGAAUGACCUGGCGGAUAUCACCGGCUUUGCAGCCACUUCUUUGCAGCCCAACUCUGGUGCUCAGGGUGAAUUCACCGGAUUGCAAGCUAUCAAGGCUUAUCUCAAGUCUAAGGGCGAAGGCAAGCGCAACAUUUGUUUGAUCCCCGUGUCUGCACAUGGCACCAAUCCCGCUUCUGCUGCUAUGUGCGGUAUGAAGGUUGUUCCUAUUAAGUGUACUCCUCAGGGUGAGCUUGACUUAACUGAUCUUGAGGCCAAGGCUGAGAAGCACAAGGAUGAUCUCGCAGCUAUUAUGAUCACCUAUCCCUCAACCUUUGGUGUUUUCGAGCCCACUGUCAAGAAGGCUAUUGAUAUUGUCCACUCCCACGGCGGUCAAGUUUACAUGGACGGUGCUAACAUGAACGCACAGAUUGGCUUGACUUCUCCAGGUGAUAUUGGUGCCGAUGUUUGCCACUUGAACCUGCACAAGACGUUCUGUAUUCCUCACGGCGGUGGUGGUCCCGGUGUUGGGCCUAUCUGUGUACGCAGCCACUUGGCUCCUUUCCUGCCCGCCCAUCACGAAAUCGAGCUUCCUGCUCGCGAGCUCGGACAGGCCAUCGAGGCAGUGUCCGCUGCGCCUUGGGGUUCUGCGGGUAUUCUGCCCAUCCCCUGGGCUUAUAUCAAGCUUAUGGGCGGAGCUGGUCUCAAAUCUGCCACUGAGAUUGCCCUUCUUAGUGCAAACUACAUGAAGGAGCGCCUUGCAAACCACUACAAGGUGGCAUAUGUCAACAACCAAGGCCGGUGUGCUCACGAGUUUAUUAUCGACUUGCGGCCUUUCAAGGCUCUGGGUGUUGAGGCAAUUGACAUCGCCAAGCGUUUGCAGGAUUACUCUUUCCACGCUCCCACCAUGUCGUGGCCUGUCGCUGGUACUUUGAUGGUUGAGCCCACCGAGUCCGAGUCCCUUGUUGAGCUCGACCGGUUCUGUGAUGCCAUGAUCGCCAUCCGCGAGGAGAUCAAGGAGAUCGAGGAUGGCAAGGUUGCCUACACCGACUCCGUCUUGGCACAUGCUCCUCACAACCAGGAGGACCUGUUGCUUGGUGAGUGGAAUCGCGUGUACUCGCGCGAGAAAGCCGCAUUCCCCGUCCCCAACCUCAAGGAGCGCAAGUUCUGGCCCUCGGUGACCCGCGUCGACGAUACUUACGGUGACACUAACUUGUUCUGCACUUGUGACCCCGUCGAGGCCCACGCAGACCUUGACUAA